CUAUACCAUUCGUAUUUUCCUUCAAUUUUUUUCUUUUCAUUUCUUUUUAUUUCUUUUAAUCUACAUACCCGCGGCUGCUUCGAACCGGAUACCGUGGCUCCAGCGAAUUAUUUCUCCCUCCGGUUUCCGUACUCUUCGUCGUCGCGCGCGAAAGAGCCGAUUGAAAGUUUGCGCCUAGUGUACACACGACCCAGGAAAGUUUCGAUCCGAUAAUCUCUCCCGUCUCUUGUGCUUUCGCGCAUCCUGUUUCGGACCCUUCGUUUGCGCUUCGAAAGUGUAUCACAGAAAGCUUCCACGAAGCUGCACCGCGUUAAGAUGAGACCCGCAGCGAAGAGAUCGAGGAGUUUCGCGGCAAAAGCUUCCGUCACGCUCUGAACACGCUGGGUGCUUCGUUGACGAACCUCGAGGAUCGUUCUAUGGUGCGGAUCGAAGUGAUCGUUCGCCGGAAGUGCGAGUGGACGAAGGUGGUCGUGCGAUUUUCUUGCUUCGAUCGAGGAUCGAGCUCGGUUGUUCCACGGCGACAGUGCUGUGAUACCGAGCUGACCGGAAGCAGCCGCAUCCAGAGUACUGCAACGUGUUAUCGUCAUUGCAGGGAACGACGCGAAAAAGUGCGCGUUACCUCGAUUCGACUCCCGUAGGACUGCACCAGGUUGCCUCUUCGAGGAUCCUGGAGGAGGCGCGAGAUCGGGCGACGACCAACAACAAGACAACUACGAUGAACGUCUGAAAUAACGACGUACCAGAUUAAUUAUCACCAUGAGAACGUUGCUGAUUCUAGCGAGUAUUUUCCUGGAAAUACAUCUUCAUUUCACCGGUAGCCAAGCGGAGCAUCAGCGAUCGUUAAGCAGCGGUAACGAAGUGGUGUCUUCAAAGGAAUCCGAGGACAAGAACGAGGAUGUCAUCGAAGGGCCAGUCAGGGAAGUCCUCGCUCAUAGCGGAAGUACUGCAAAUCUGCCGUGUAAAAUCACCGAUCCAGGAGCUGGAACAAUUACAUGGGUGAAGCACAAAGGUAGACGGUUACUAACCGUUGGCACGAGCGUCCACUCGAUCGACAAUCGACUUCUCGUGAUGCAUUCGAGUACCGAUUGGUCACUUCAGAUACGAGCAGUUACUCUUCAGGAUGCUGGUAUAUACGAGUGUCAGAUUACAUCGCAUCCGGUGCAGCGUAACUUCGUGCACUUGAAAAUCACGGAAGCGUACUCGAUCAUACCCGGUGCGCCUGAUUUACACGUGAAGCAAGGCUCGAGCCUUCGGUUGGAGUGUCAACUGAUGGCAGCCGCGGAAUCGCCCCUUUACGUCUUCUGGUAUCGCCAGGGUCACAUGAUCAAUUACGACGAGGAGCCGGGGGUGAAAGUCGAGCUCACCAAGGGUGGAUCGAUUUUAAUGGUCAACAAAACGAAGCCGUCGCACGGUGGAAAUUAUACCUGCGCGCCGAGUAACGCCAAGCCGGCGUACGUGAUGGUACACGUGAUCGAAGAGGAGGAGAAACCGGCGGCGAUGCACGGAGGCGACAGAAGGAACCUUAGCCCAGCAAUUUUGGCGAGUAACUUUCUAGUGUCCCUCUUGGCGACCGCCAGCUGGAGGAUACCGAGUUUCACCAGCCUUUACCCGACGUGAAUCACCGUCGAACUUACGGGAAUGACCGGUGUUAGCCGUGCCCGCACCGCCGCGCCGCAACCCGGUUCAUCUUCUUCCGCAAGCACGAGUUUCGCCGAUGGUCGUCCGGAUCACCGGCGCUCGUCUUUCCAGCUGUAAUUCCGAUCGACCCAACGAGGACGUGUCCUUGCUCCUCGACGUCGACGGGGAAGCGUCGUCGAGGCGUGCUCGUCGGUGUGUGCAAACGUGAAAAUUACCAAUCGACCGCAUCGUUUAUCGAACGAUCGUUUCGCGCGAGGACCGGACCGUUUUGCCGAGUGUCUGUCGUGACAGAGAAACCGGGGACUGUGGUGCGCUCUUCUCGAUCGCAACCCCCCAGGACUUUAACCACCCAAGAAUCCUUUUGUGUUCCCUCUCCUCUCUGUCUCGCAUCCCUUUAAUAUCGCAAUUUCUUUGCCUCUAGCAACGCGGCCGGAAUAAAGAUUAUCAUUCGUUCUGGAAUUGAUCUAACGCCUGGCGGUAAAACACGUUUCGCUUUUAACCACGCAUCGCGGACGUGUUCCUCUUCCUUUUUUCUCCUUUUCGACGACAGAAAAUCCCCCUCUGCAUUCGAGCACGGCCUUUUACUCGUUAGUAUACAUAUAUUUUCCGGUGUGAACGAUCACGGGUGAAAACUAUUUUUCUUCGUACGUGAAUCGUACGUAUAAUCAGUGUACACGUAUACAUUAUGUUCGUUACAUACGCGGUAAGCGUAUAUGUAUGUAUACACAGGUAGGGUGUAAGUUAUAAACGUGGACUCGAGAUGAACGAGCACCGCGCGUAUUCUUGACGCGGAAACAGGUGUUCCUUCGUCCACAUACCGAAUCUCCGAUGUUUCACGUCGACGGUCUCUUCCGUUUUAUUUUCUUCUAUCGUCGGAGAUUCGUUCGCGGUGUCCCGAUCGCGUUAGUUGUCGGAAUAAAUGGAAUCAAUGUAAAUACUGCAUUCUAAGUAUACAUUCAAUAAAACAUUAAUCGUAAAGCUA